CCGGAGAGUCGCCAGUAGACAUGGGUGUUUUAGUGCAAACAGUCGUUUUACUGGUGGCCGCCACUUUUGUGUUCGGUUCACCGUUUGUCAACGAUCUACAGCCCGGACAAGAAUGGCCAGAACGUAGCUCGGUUAAACAACCAUCCGAUCCAGUGCCUGGUGAACCAGAAGAAUUAAUCACUAAAGAAUUAUUACAAAAUGGCGACAAUACCGGAGAAAAUAUAGUAGUAGUAGAAGCUGAGAAAGAAUUGCAGAAAGAUGUGGAAGAAUCAACUUCUGAUGUCGAAAAUGGUAGCGUAGUUGAAUCUGAAACUGCCGCAACUAAAGCAGCUGAGGACAAGAAUAAAAUAUCGCAGAAAGUAGUUGAAUCCGAAGCUACCGUAAUUAAAGCAGCAGACGAAAAGGAUGAAAUAUCGCAGAAAGUAGAUUACACCGGUGCCCAAGUUUGGAAAGUGUCUGCAAAUAAAACGGGUUCCCGUGUGGUCCUUUCAAGGCUAAGACGCAAAAACUUAAUUUCGCCAUGGGGGAGUAACGGUACUGUUAUCGACGUGUUGGUGAAACCGAACGCAAUUGGCAAUGUUACUCAAAUAUUAAAAAGAGAAAAUAUUCCAUUCACUGUUUCUAUAGAAAAUUUGCAAAAAAUGAUAGAUGAAGAAAACCCGCCUUUAGAUGAAAAUGAAGCAGAACUCCAAGACCGACGUGGACACCGCAUGAACUGGAAACAGUAUCACCGUCUAGAAGAUAUAUAUGGAUUUAUGGACUAUCUCGCCAAAACGUACCCUGCUAUCGUUAGCGUUAAAUCGAUAGGAGCAUCUUAUGAGGGACGAGAUUUGAAGGUUCUGCGUAUAUCAAAUGGUAAAUCAACAAACAAAGCUGUAUUUAUCGACGGCGGAAUUCAUGCCCGAGAGUGGAUCAGCCCUGCGACCGUCACCUAUUUCAUUAACCAAUUCGCGGAAAAUUUCGACGUUGAAUCCGACGACAUCAAAAAUAUUGACUGGUAUUUCUUGCCUGUAGUAAACCCUGAUGGUUAUGAAUUCACUCACGUUGGUGACCGUCUUUGGCGUAAAAAUAGAAGGAUUCCAUUCACUGGGAGAGCAUGCUCUGGAACUGAUCUAAACAGAAACUUUGGAUACAGAUGGGGUGGUAAAGGAACCUCAAACAAUCCAUGCAGUGAUAUCUACCGAGGAACAAAGGCAUUUUCAGAACCAGAAACAAAAGCUUUAUCUGACUUCAUCACUAAUAGUGGUGCAAACUUUACAGCAUAUUUGACAUACCACAGUUAUGGACAGUACCUACUUUAUCCAUGGGGUUAUGAUAAUGUUGUCCCACCUGAUUACAAAGAUCUAAAUGCUGUUGGAAAUAGAAUGGCCGAAGCAAUAAAAAGUACCAGUGGAUACCAAUAUCAAGUGGGAUCAUCAAGUAAACUUCUUUAUCCAGCAUCAGGUGGCUCAGAUGACUGGGCUAAAGCAAAAGGCAUAAAAUAUGCAUAUACUGUAGAACUCUCUGAUACUGGGCGUUAUGGCUUUGUGCUACCAACAACCUUUAUAGAACCAGUGGCUAAAGGAUCUCUUGCUGGUGUAAGAGUACUAGCAAAGCAAAUUAACAAAGAGUACUGAAAUUAUAUGCCAUUAAAUUAUUAUAUUUAGUUAAAUAAACUAUUUAAUUUAUUUUAUGUAAUAUGAUUAAUGAUAAUUAAUAAAGAUUUUUCUCAAUUCAAUUUGUCUAUAUUUU